AUGGAAGUUACAUCUAUCCUUGUAUUUUCAGUGUCUGGUCUCCAGAGAUGGCAAAAUAGGGGAGCAAAGAAAGACCAGCUGCAGCAAGCUCCUUAUCUCCUGACCUUCCUUGUUCUUCAUUUGCAGAUCACAUACAAGGCCGUUGGGUCUCUGGAUCCCAGUGCUGACCUGUCCAGCCAAAGAGGGAAAGUCUUCAAGCUAAGGAAUGAAACACAUCACCUCUUUGUGGGAUUAUACCCAGGGACUACAUAUUCAUUCACCAUCAAAGCCAGCACAGUCAAGGGCUUUGGGCCACCCAUCACAACACGGAUUGCAACUAAGAUUUCAGCACCAUCGAUGCCAGAAUACGACACAGACUCGCCCCUGAAUGAGACUGACACGACCAUCACCGUCAUGCUGAAGCCUGCUCAGUCCCGGGGAGCUCCUGUCAGUGUCUAUCAACUGGUUGUCAAGGAGGAGAAGCUGCAGAAAGCACGUAGAGCUGCAGACAUCAUCGAGUGCUUCUCUGUCCCAGUGAGCUACAGGAACGCUUCCAGUCUGGACUCACCACAUUACUUUGCAGCUGAGCUGAAACCCAUCAACCUGCCCGUCACUCAGCCCUUCACAGUGGGUGACAACAAAACCUACAAUGGCUACUGGAAUGCUCCACUUUCUCCCCUGAAAAGCUACAGCAUAUACUUCCAGGCUCUGAGCAAGGCAAAUGGAGAAACAAAAAUCAACUGUGUCCGGCUGGCAACCAAAGGAGCUUCCACCCAGAAUUCCAAUGCAGUGGAACCAGAAAAACAAGUUGACAGCACAGUGAAAAUGGCUGGAGUUAUAGCUGGUCUGCUGAUGUUUGUUAUUAUCCUCUUGGGAGCAAUGCUUACCAUCAAGAGAAGAAGAAAUGCAUAUUCCUACUCCUAUUACUUGAAGCUAGCCAAGAAGCAGAAGGAGACUCAGACCAGCACACAGAGGGAGAUGGGUCCCAUGGCUACUUCCGACAAGACCUCUACCAAACUCAGUGCUGUUCACAAUGAAGAAGCUUUUUCUUCCAGCUGCCAAGAUGUUAAUGGAUUCACAUCACCCUCUCCUUGUUCAUUUUCUGUCCAAAGCAAAACCCUUCAGAGCAAAUCUUUGUUGAAUUCCUACUACUCAGUAACAUCAGACACUGUUCCAUCGACCACGCUGUUAGACAGUAGCCAUGGAGAGAUGACCCAGCCAACCCUGACUAUCCAGACCCACCCGUUCCGGAGCUGCGAGCCGGUGGAAAUGUCCUACCCCCGGGGGCAGUUCCAGCCAGCCAUCCGAGUGGCCGACCUGCUGCAGCACAUCACCCAGAUGAAGCGAGGACAGGGCUAUGGAUUUAAAGAGGAGUAUGAGGCAUUACCCGAGGGGCAGACAGCAUCCUGGGAUACAGCCAAGGAAGACGAAAACCGCAAUAAGAACAGAUACGGAAACAUAAUCUCCUAUGAUCAUUCAAGAGUGAGAUUGCAGCUGCUGGAUGGGGACCCUCACUCUGACUACAUAAACGCCAAUUACAUAGACGGGUACCACCGGCCUCGCCAUUACAUUGCAACUCAAGGGCCUAUGCAAGAGACAGUGAAGGAUUUCUGGAGAAUGAUUUGGCAAGAAAACUCCGCAAGUGUGGUCAUGGUCACCAACUUGGUGGAAGUGGGCAGGGUAAAGUGUGUUCGGUACUGGCCAGAUGACACAGAGGUCUAUGGAGAUAUUAAAGUCACAUUAAUUGAGACAGAACCGUUGGCAGAGUAUGUCAUACGCACAUUUACUGUGCAGAAGAAAGGCUACCAUGAGAUCCGAGAGAUUCGGCAGUUCCACUUCACCAGCUGGCCGGACCACGGCGUUCCUUGCUAUGCUACCGGCCUCCUGGGCUUCGUUCGCCAAGUGAAGUUCCUUAAUCCCCCAGAAGCAGGACCCAUUGUCGUGCACUGCAGUGCAGGGGCUGGGAGAACAGGGUGCUUCAUUGCCAUCGACAUCAUGCUUGACAUGGCAGAGAACGAAGGCGUGGUGGAUAUAUUUAACUGUGUGCGAGAGCUGCGAUCCCAAAGAGUCAAUUUGGUGCAGACAGAGGAGCAGUAUGUGUUUGUCCAUGAUGCCAUUUUGGAGGCAUGUCUCUGUGGCAACACGGCCAUCCCAGUUUGUGAGUUCAGAUCCAUAUAUUACAACAUCAGCCGACUAGAUCCACAGACCAAUUCCAGCCAGAUAAAAGAUGAGUUUCAGACUCUCAAUAUCGUGACACCACGUGUGCGGCCAGAGGAUUGCAGCAUCGGCCUCCUGCCCAGGAACCACGACAAGAACCGCUGCAUGGACGUGCUGCCCUUGGACCGGUGCCUGCCUUUCCUCAUCUCCGUGGAUGGUGAAUCCAGUAACUACAUCAAUGCUGCACUCAUGGAUAGCCACAAGCAACCUGCUGCCUUUAUUGUCACCCAACACCCUUUGCCCAACACCGUAGCAGACUUCUGGAGGCUGGUGUUUGAUUACAACUGCUCCUCUGUGGUGAUGCUGAACGAGAUGGAUGCAGCACAGCUCUGCAUGCAGUACUGGCCAGAGAAGACGUCCUGUUGUUAUGGCCCAAUUCAAGUAGAGUUUGUUUCAGCAGACAUUGAUGAAGAUAUCAUCAACCGGAUAUUCCGGAUCUGCAACAUGGCCAGGCCACAGGAUGGGUACCGCAUCGUUCAGCACCUGCAGUACAUUGGCUGGCCAGCAUACAGGGACACCCCUCCUUCCAAACGCUCCCUCCUCAAGGUGGUCAGAAGGUUGGAGAAGUGGCAAGAACAAUACGAUGGGAGAGAUGGACGGACUGUUGUCCACUGCCUGAACGGUGGGGGACGCAGCGGCACCUUCUGUGCCAUCUGCAGCGUGUGUGAAAUGAUUCAACAGCAGAAUAUCAUUGAUGUGUUCCACAUAGUGAAAACACUACGGAAUAACAAAUCGAACAUGGUGGAGUCACUGGAACAGUAUAGAUUCGUAUACGAGGUUGCACUGGAAUACUUGAGUUCCUUUUAGCGCAGUGGAGGCAGGGGGGCCUCUGGAAUGCCAGACCCCAAUCUCUGGCCAACGCUUCUCCCCUCUCCCACACUGGAAGGCAGUGACAAGCGUGGGAAGGAAAACCUCUCCUUCCCAGAGCGAGAGACUGAGACUGCACAGAUCUGUCUGGACGGAGGAGCCAAUGCUGUGUCUGCAGCUGCCUGCUUUCUAUCGAACAUCUACUGCUUCGUAAAUAACCUCCUGUCAAAAUUAGCAACACGGGAGACAAGCUCAAGACUGGACUUUCCAAUCCCCUCUGACUUCUUCUCUCCUCUUUGGGAUUGUAUUUUUGCUCUCCUUGCUGCAGAGUGGGGAAGGAAUGAAACCCUGAGGAAAUUCUCUUUUCAAUGUCUCCUUUUUAAUUUAUAAUUUUGUUCUGAAAUCCCAGUCUCUAAGUUUUUUAAUUCCAUGCAGCAGUCAUUUGGGACAAAUGAGAUAGCCAUAGGGGACAUCGGAAAUGUUUCAUUACCAUUUGUCUGCCUUCCUUGUUUCCUUUUAUUUGUUUUUCCAAAUGAAAAG